CAGUAUCAUCCGCUCAUUACGCUCUAUAUCUUAUAUUUCCCCGAUAACGAAGCAUCUAUAAUGCAGCCACAAACUCCGAAACUCAAAACCAUUGAGCCAAGACCGAGGCUCAGAUGGUUCUCAUUUAUACCACGCGAGGUGCUCCUCAUGAUUGCAGACCAGCUAUCCACACCAUCACAGGUGGCCUUUGCGUUAACCUGCAAGUACUUUUUUACAACACUCUGCCCAACUCACCAAUUCCCACCACCAAAUAUGGACGAUCUACUUGCUAUUCUCCUACUAUUAGGGAGAGAUAUGCCGAAUUGGUUUCUAUGCUUUGGAUGCAAACGGCUGCUGCCCUUGAAGCGAAAUAACGAGGGUAAUCUGCAAGGACAGCUUCACACAAACUGUGAUUCCAAGCUUCAAAUUGUUCGCGAGUUCCUUCAUAAACGUCCACUGAGGCGGCGUCAUAUCAGAAGCUGCCGUGGAGUUGGUUUAUGUCAUCCCUGGAUCGAGAGCCUAAGUCUUGUAACUUGGAGACCAGCGGUUAGUGGGCUGGAACGUGGUGUUCCUGAAAUCACUUUCACCGAGGGCCAUCUUAUCAUGAACCGGCAUUUUUACGGAGCAGCUCAUGGAUUACCUACUCAACAUCUCGAAAGCAUAUUUGAGUUCGAAAGAUCUAUCCCCUUAGACAAUGGAGAGAUCAAAACACGCCACUUCCCGCUUGACGCCUAUCUCCGUAGCAAGAGAUACAACUUGCGGCCGCUACGUCAAAACACAUUACAAGCUGCCACACGUUGGAAAUUUACCCACGAAACCUCUGCGAAGGUGCUAGAUGACGAACUGUAUGUUUGCCGUCAUCAUGAUAUAAACGGGCCUCCGUGCUCCACGAUCGACUUCUCUAGGGUUAUUGAUAGUCUCGAGCUCCCCGUGUGUCGACACAUUCUUGGCUCCAGCAAGAUGCCUAGUCUGCGUUUCUGGGACGAAGGCAACACUUGCAUCCCCGAGCUCCAAAGCAUACGGAUAUCUGCAACCGAGCCUCAAUUGGAUGUACAUCCGGACAACGCAGUUGGCUCAUGUAGGAUGUGCUUUACCGACUAUGAAAUCGCCAUUGAAAGAGGCGGGGACCAGAGAAAAUGGAGUUUGAAGCUCACCACCUAUCACAAGCUUGGAAAUUUCCGCACGCUCAAAGAUGACGCCUGGCUUGGGCUGAUGCAAACCACCCGUUCAAGACUUCUUCCGGAAUACCAUGGAAAGUCUCCUGCAGGAGCAGUUCGCAAAAAAUGGCUUCAAGACCGGGGAAAAACCUCAACAGCAGCAGGAGAGCGCAGCAAUUCGGAAACCAGCACACAUGCUGGCCCACUCCCAAGUUGGAUUCUUCCUUUUCGUUUUAUGGUUGAACGGCGCUAUUCUCGCUUUGAUGGCCCGAGUCUUGAUUCAUGGCUGGCAUAUCGCAAAGCUGUCGUCAUGUGCUAUUCAGGCCAGAAUAAUGAGGCCAGACCAGGCUCAGUUACUUAUCAUGGAACAAAGUCCGUAGGGGAGAUUUCAGACUCAUGAACGUUUGAUGAUUUCUGAUUUAGGUAACGGGACAAGAUCCAUCUGUAUGUUGCUAUAAACGAGACGAGGAUUUUGAUCCACUUGGAUUAGCCUCAAGGCUAGUGUAUGUGUUUGCUUUAACAAGGCUCAGUUGAGGCUUUGGAGUAGCUAUUAGAACUUACAAAGGGCAAAAAUAGCUUGAUUCGUAUAAC